AUGGAUCACCAACUAGAUAACCAAGACCCAACUAGUUAUCAACGCAUUGAGGACAUAAAUCCAGCCAUUAGAAAAUCCUGCCUAGCCCGGACACCUCCACCUGGAAGAAAUCGAAAAGACAGUUACAACUCACUAGAUGAACAGAAGAAAAAAUUUGAAACACGCAACAACGAUCUACAUACACAUUUACCAAACUUUCAAAUAGAGAAACCAGGAAAAAAUCUCACAGAUGAAGAUGAGGUAAAAAGUGAUAGUGAAUGGGUAUCAGUCCACCACAAAAAACGUCAACGCAACGAUGAUAGUCCUGAAUUGAAAAACUCCAAACAAGCUACACUCAAAGAUUAUUGGCUAAGUAAAACUGUUCUUACAUCAAACAGAUACGAGGCACUUGAAAAUAAUACAACUAGUGAAGAGGCUGAAAUGCUGGAAGACCAAAAAGAUGAACAGCCACCACCUAUAUUUAUACAAAAUGUCGAGUGUAUCAAACCAUUACAGGAAUUAUUACAGCAGAUAACUCCAGGUAAAUAUACUUUAAAAUGUCUUGCUAACAACCAAAUUAAAGUUCAAGCCGACUCAUCCAAAAACUAUUCAUUAAUUGUAAAAUCUUUAGCAGAAAAAAAUACUCAGUACCAUACAUAUCAACUAAAACAAAACCGUGGAUUCCGAGUUGUUAUACGUAAUUUACAUCCUUCAACAGAUCCAGAUGACAUUAAAAAAGCGCUGCUGGUGCACGGACAUACAGCACUGAACAUCUCCAACAUUAAGCAAAGAGGCACAAAAAAAGAUCUGCCAUUAUGUAAUAUAGAACUGGCCAUUCAAAGUACAAAUCAUAGAGUCACAGCUCCCAUCAGUCACUCCAUAUGCCAGUCUUCACCACUCAUUCAUAAUCGUGACUCAGGUGGUGUUGUAGGAAAUGAAAGCAACUCUAACCAGGCGAAAAAGAGCCUUUACGAAAACCAUGGCGUCGCAGCUUGUUCACACAACAGGGCUCUCUGUAUUGCCACUAUCGUAUUUGCGUUUUUGUUCACACUUGCAGUCAUUAUCGCCUUUACUGGACCUCAGACUGAUUGCCCGUGUGCUGGAGAUAUUAAGUCGAGUUAUGUGGACGAAAAAGCCAACAUGACAAGAAUUUUUGAACCUAGAGCUACAAAUGGACAGAUCUUCCCAUGGAACAAUAUACGUCUUCCUACCUCCUUGAGACCACACCGCUACAAUUUGACAAUUCAUCCAAAUUUAACAACCCUUGAAGUUAGAAGUCAGGUCUCCAUCGAAUUCCAAGCAGAAAAAGAAACCAAUUUUAUCGUACUUCAUUGUAAAAAUCUCACCAUUCUAGACAAAAUCAUCCAGGAUAGGCACGGAAACAAUUUGACUAUAAUUAAAAUGUUAGAAUACUUAGGUGGGCAACAGUUGUACAUAGAAAUUAGAGAAAAAUUUAAAAAGAGGCAUAAUUAUGUUUUGAGAAUUCGAUACAAUUCAAAAUUAAACCGAGAGUAUUUGGCUACAACACACUUUGAACCAACUUUUGCUAGAACUGCCUUUCCCUGUUUCGAUGAACCCCAAUUUAAAGCAAAAUUCAGGUUAACUGUUUUUAGAGACAGAUUUCAUAUCAGCCUUUUUAAUACUCCCGUAGUAAAAACCGAUGUUUUAGGAUUUUACAUGGGCACUGGGUUGCUUUACGAUGAGUUUUUGGAAACGAACGAAAUCAGUACCUAUUUAGUAGCAUUUGUGAUAUGUGACUUCAGUCAACGAAAUAAACAAACUGAAAGCGGUGUGUCUGUCUCCAUAUACACCCCUGAACCUUUUGUUUCCAGAGCUCCAUUUACGCUGGAAACGACAUCUUUCUUCCUCGAUUAUUAUGAGAACUUUUUUGGAGUAGCUUUUCCUCUUCCAAAACUAGAUAUUGUAGCACUUCCUGAGUUCGACUACGGGGCAAUGGAGAAUUGGGGACUAAUUACCUACAGAGAGACUGCUAUUUUUUCAAACACUAAUGAUAACGACACUUUUAUUGCUGCUCACCAGUGGUUGAUUAGUAAAAUUGCACAUGAACUAGCACACCAGUAUUAA